AUGGCAUCAGCACGGUUACAGCGUCUCCAAAGGUUUGUCCAAGUAGACCUCGAUACCCUGCCAGACCGCCCUAUCUCUCCACGACGUGAGUCCAAGCCAGAGCCCGAACCUAAUCAUGCCGACAGCAACUCCUCUGGCGGUGUAUCGCUCAGAAACAUACCUCCAGAUUCGCCUGCCAGCAAACAGACCUCACCCAAUCAGACUAUUGCAGCUAUAAAGACACCGCCUAUCGAGAACACAGAACGCCGAUUCGUUUGGAUCAAAGACGCUGACAGCUCCUUCAACCCAAACCUGGACUCGAUGCGGCCAGCCACCGCCCAAGCUCCGGCACCUCGUACAGAUGCCGCUGGGCUUCCAGUGUCCGAUCUCCAACGUGGCGACCUAGCCUCACCUCGCCAUCACUUCACCCCGAUCCAGGCACUGGCAAAGUAUCCCUACAAGUACUGCAACAAGAUCCAUAUGCAGGACAUUGCUUCUGCUUUCUUCGACCAAGGAAAAUUCUGGCAGCGAGAGUGGGACCUAUACUACAUCUGGGACAUUGAAGAGACUUCCAAGCCUUUCAUUCUCGUCCGCGAAAGCCAAGUUCAAGCAUUACUUGCUGAGAUCAAUAAGCACUUGAAGCUUACUUUGAGAAUCACCGACCAACAACGAGAGGAGGGCCUACUCGUGCAAUUCCCUGACCACCCACGCUGCCUGCCUCGUUAUCUUGGCCGCUCCCAGUCGCGCGAGGACGUUGACCGCAUGGCCGAAAACGCCCCCAACAAUACUUUCCGUGCAGCGGAAGAAGCUUCCCAUCCACCACUGGAGUCACACACUCUGGAACGGUUCAGGCAGCUGAUGGCAAAUUUGGCAGAAGCACAAAAGGCGAAGAGCAAGGCAAACAAACAAAAGAAGCAAGAGGAUCGCAUGGCCAAGAACAAGUCGAUGCAAGAUCAAUUCAAGCGUGCCGGGAGGUAUCUUGGUGUUCGUGGCCCAAUCCAGGCUUCGUAUUCAUCUUCCUCCUAUCCGGCAAUCGACCCCUCCAUGCCAGUUCCCUUCACUUUUGAUCACGAUGUCGUUUUUGUGUGCGUCGAUGUUGAAUCGUACGAGAGAGCCCAUCACAAGAUCACCGAAGUAGGAGUAGCUACACUGGAUACUCGGGAGCUCAUCGGUGUCCCACCCGGCGAAAACGGUGCGGCGUGGAGGAACAAGAUCCGAGCCCGUCACUUCCGCAUCAACGAAUACAAGCACCUACGCAACACCGAAUUCGUCACUGGCUACCCCGACGGUUUCGAUUUCGGUGAGUCAACCUUCAUUCCCCUCAAAGAAGCGGCAGACCACGUGGCAGCCUGCUUCCACGCCCCCUUCGGAGCCCAAGACGGAGAUGGCUUCCCCAGUCAUCAUGAUCCGACUGAGAAGCGCAACAUCAUCUUCCUCGGGCAUGAUACUCUUGGAGACGUCCGCUACCUCCAACAGCUCGGCUACGAUCCUAUGAAGGUAGAACAUAUUCUUGAGGCUAUGGACACCGCAACCAUGUACAAAGUCUGGAACCGAGACCCACAGCCCACUAGCCUGGGCAGAAUCCUCUUAGCAUUCGAUAUUCCAGGCUGGAAGCUACAUAAUGCGGGUAACGACGCUGUGUAUACCGUGCAGGCCAUGUUAGGUAUCUGUGUUAAAGAGGCGACUCUCCGUGGCUCUCCAGAAUUGGACGAUAUGCGCAAGCAAGAGAAGGAGAACAGACUCAGAGCUAGGAUCGAGGAGGCUGAGCAGAAAGCUAAGGAUGAAGCGGAAGGCUGGAGCGAUCAUGAGGCCGUUGGAGAUGGCGGCUCACCGAUUCCUCUUGCUUCUGCCAUUCCGCCAGUAUCGAAGCCAGUGCAAACUAAGGCUAAGCCUCUUGCGCAGUAUGAUGGCGCUGGAGAGGAUCAUAUUGGCUCGUCUCGUGGUUGUAAGGCGCCUGGUGAGGGUCACGAGCAGCGUGAGAGGGGGGACUGUGGCAGUGAUCAACGGGGAACCUCGAGCGAGCAUGGUCAGGUAGACUGUGGCGAUCGUGACCAGUCUAGUGGAAAUGAAAGAUGGAGAGGACGGGCUCGUAAUCUGAUCCCUGGACGUGGUCGUGGUCGUGGGCGCUCGGGUUUGCCAAAGGAGGAGGCUGUUCCAAAUGUGCAGUAUCAUUGGUGA